UAAUUCUUCCAGAUUAUGUUACAUAAUACAGGAUCAAAAUUAAACAGUAUAAUGCUUACGAGAUUAAAUUGAGGAGGGUACCAUGUGGAGGCCAUGCAGAGGUAAAACACUUGCCAGAAUGACUUCUCAUGCUCCCAGAACUCUCAGAUAGUGCAAGGAAAACCUGUGAAGGUGCCUUAGUCGUGCUGAUAAGCCUAGUCAUUCUGCUGGGUAGUAAAUCAAUCAGCCUUUGUUUGGCGAUGUGCAUGCACACCGUUUUUGUUUUACUUCCUGCCCCUCUCACUACCAUCACCCCCCUCUUCUUUUUUUCUGCUGAGGUUAAUAUUUAAUUUAUUGCCCAUGAGGACGGGGGAAAUACAUAUAAUAAGGAUUCAGCACCUGUGGAGCCAUUUGGAGUACUCCAGCAAGUGAGUGGGGGAGACAUCACUGCGGUUCCUCAAGACUCUACGCCAUAUCCAGACUCCAGCAGACUCCAGCAGACUCCACACACUCUUUUCCUUUACGUUAGCAGCACUGAGAGGGGGAAGCAUGGGUAACUUUUGGAGAUGGCUAUGGUGUCAAAGGAACUAUGUGAUCAUCAUUCUCACCCCACUCAUCUUCCUUCCUUUGCCAAUCGUAGUGCCAACAUCGGAGGCUAAAUGUGGCUACGCUAUCAUCGUGAUGGCUCUGUACUGGUGCACAGAGUGCAUGCCACUGGCGGUCACGGCUCUGCUCCCCGUCGUGUUCUUCCCCUUAAUGGGCAUCAUGCAGGCCGAACAGGUCAGUGUUCAGUACCUGAAAGACACCAACAUGCUGUUCAUUGGUGGGCUGCUGGUUGCCAUUGCCGUGGAGAACUGGAAUCUGCACAAGCGCAUCGCUCUUGGAGUCCUGCUGCUGGUGGGAGUGCGGCCUGCUCUGCUAAUGAUGGGUUUCAUGGGUGUGACGGCCUUCCUCUCCAUGUGGAUCAGUAACACGGCCACCACCGCCAUGAUGUUGCCCAUUGCGCAGGCUGUGCUGGCCCAGCUAUCGGUCACCGAGGCCGAGGGUGACGAGCGGGAGUUGCGGGGCGGGACCAGCAACCAGGCCUUUGAGAUGGAGGACGUCAGAGACACAAAGGCACCUAUGGAGGACUUUAACAAAGCCCACACGGACGUGGAGCAGGGUGUCGACCAGGCUUUAGAGGACAGGAGGAAGGCACGCGAGCAGAAGUACACGCUUCUGGGCAAAGGGAUGAGCCUGUGUGUGUGUUACUCUGCCAGCAUCGGGGGCACUGCCACUCUGACGGGCACCACCCCCAACCUCAUCCUGCAAGGCCAGCUCAAUUCGAUCUACCCAGAUAACAACGGCAUCAUCAACUUUGCGAGCUGGUUUGGCUUUGCCUUUCCCAACAUGCUGUUGAUGCUUGUCUUCUCGUGGAUGUGGCUGCAGUUCAUGUAUCUGGGCUUCAAUCUGAAGAAGUCCUUUGGUUGUGGUACCAAAAACGAAGGCGACAAGGAAGCUUACCAGGUGAUGAGGGACGAGUACAAGAAGCUGGGCCGCAUUUCGUUCGCCGAGGGAUCUGUGCUCGUCAUUUUCAUCCUCCUGGUGGUGUUGUGGUUCACCAGGGAGCCGGGCUUCAUGCCUGGAUGGGCCUCCGCGCUCUUAAAGGGCACCGGCUUUGUCUCAGACGGGACCGUGGCCAUCUUUAUGUCCGCUCUGUUCUUCGUCAUCCCCUCCAAGUGGCCAUUCACCUUCUCAGAAGAGAACGACACGGACAAUAGUGGCAACAGAGAUGAUGACAGCAGCAGUGACAAUGACAGUGAUGAAGAGGACAAAAAAAUCAAGAAAAGGAAAUCAGAGAAGAAAUCAAAGAAAUCAGCGGGAAAGAUGAAGGCCCCUGUACCCUUGCUGACCUGGGACGUGGUGCAUCAGCGCAUGCCCUGGAACAUCAUCCUUCUGCUGGGUGGAGGCUUCGCACUGGCCAGUGGUAGUGAGGCCUCUGGACUGUCCAAGUGGCUGGGAGAGAGCCUGGCUCCGCUGCAGUCGAUCCCUCCCUUCGCCAUUUCCUUGCUGCUGUGCCUCCUGGUGGGCACCUUCACCGAGUGCUCCAGCAACACGGCCACCACUACCCUCUUUCUGCCCAUCCUCGCCUCCAUGGCCACUGCUAUUAAGCUCCACCCCCUUUAUGUCAUGCUGCCCUGCACCAUUUCCGCUUCGCUGGCCUUCAUGCUGCCAGUGGCCACACCCCCGAACGCCAUCGCCUUCUCCUAUGGCAACCUCAGAGUCAUAGACAUGGCAAAGGCUGGCUGCAUUCUCAAUGUGAUUGGCAUUCUCACAAUCAACUUGGGUAUCAACACCUGGGGCAAAGCCAUGUUCCAUCUGGAUACCUUCCCUACGUGGGCCUACAACACAUCUACGCCUGCUAUAUGAACCAAGGAGAUUAUCGCUGCUACACUGCCACAGGGAACAGAGAGAGAGAGAGAGAGAGAGAGAGAGAUAGAGAGAGAGAGAGAAGUAUGUAAGUAUGUGAGUAAAUAAGUUAAGUAAGCAAGUUAGUAUGUUAAGAAAGAUAGAAAGAAAGAAAGAAGGAAAUAAAUAAGAAAGAAAGAAAGAAAGAAAGAAAGAAAGAAUGAAGUGAGAGAGAUGCACAGAAAAAGAUCACCUUGUAUUUAUUAACUUUUUUUCAUUCUUCUGUGUUAAUAUGUUUCAUCCUUGAUGAUAAAACUUGAUAUAAUGGCAUAAACAAUCAAGGAUAAUAAUCAUAAGGUUCAAAGGUUAACAAGGUAUUUAUGGCUGCACGGUUAGGUUUACCUGUGGCUUGUAAGCCUAUUGCGCUAACUGAGCCAAUUGUUAAACUGACAGAAUGUAUAUUGAAUUAUAUAUUUGAAUUAUACUGAGCCACUGACAGAAAGUGCCUCAAUAUAAUCCAAAUGAAAUAAUAGACGAUUUCUGUAGAUUUUAGUUUGGUCCUUUUGGGAUCUUAUAAAUCACCUAUGAUGUUAAAUUAUGAUGUAGGAACAAAGUGCUGACACUGGCGGCAGGCUUAAACACAUACUGCCAUUUUAAUGUCUUGAUAGAUAAACUAUCAUUGAUAUCUGACAUUUUAUGGUUGCUUAAAAAGAUCAACAGUGUCAGCAAAUGCUAACGAAAUGCUUAAGCUGGCUCUCUUUAAGUACAGUGUUUCCUUGAGUUAUGGACAAAAUGAAAUGUUUAUAUAUAGUUUUAUAAUAUAUGGCCAUCUUAUUUAAAGACAUUUUUGUAAGACUAAAUAAAGUAUUUGUAUGUAAAUAAAGAGCUGUAAAAAGUUUGUGUAAGAGUUCAUACAGA